AGUUUUAGUAUUCAGUUGAUUCGGAGACGGUCAAUGAAAUAGAAGUGUUGGCGGGAAUAGAUUAUUUUGUAUCGUAUCUUUUCGAAGAGUUCUUCUAAGGGUUUUAAAAUUCUAUUUUGAAAUCAUAACCGUCAAUUUUUUAAACAAAUAUUUUAUAGGUGCGAUUACGAUAAUAAUUGUUGGUUAUUAGUUAGAUUUAUGAAGUGACUAAUAAAAAAAUAUCUUUUUGAAUUUUUGUGUAAACAAAAGUAUCUACAUAUAUGUGUAUAAAGCUGAUUGUUUGGCAUCAAUAAUUGUAGGCUGACAAAAUUUUGUGUGUUUUGUUAUGUGUCAACCGAAUUACAAGCCUACGUCUCGUCUGGGACUUUCCGGUUUUGAAUGAUUUCGAUCGCAUCUUCAAAAAGUUGUCUCGUGGCUUAAAGAAUAAUAAUUAACUUGGGCUUGUGGUGUGAAUAUCUUGAAGAUACUUAACGUGUAUAUCUUAAAGAUACUUAUUUAUAUAUUUAAAAAAUAUUCAUGCAUUCAUAGUUGUUGUUUGUGCUGACGCGGGAAUUCUCAUUAACUUAAGUCGAUCGACUAAAAAUAUACCGGCUUUUUUUGCGAUUUUUGUAAAUUCAGAAGAUAAAACGGGUUUCUUUCCUCACUCUCCUCGAUCGCAGUUAAAUUUCUUCUGUCAGAUUUGUAGAAACAUUAUAUGAUUGAUAUAUCACACGCGAUGUACAAAGUUUUCUACUGGUUAUUCCCAUAAUUUAAUUUUGAAAUUAAAUUCGUAGAUACUUAAUUACAUUUAAUAUCUUUUCAAAAAAAAAAGAAAUACAAGCAAGCAUUGAUUCACUGUACAGUAGCUGUUGAUUGUUGCAUGAUCGAGCUUUGAAGUACAAUUUUGAGGGCGUCUUAUUAAUUGUGGUCAUUUUCAACCUAUGAACGGAUUUUUGGAUGUGAAUAUUCCUCAACUUUCGGAAAUAUCAAUACCAAUUAGUAAAUAAUCUUGAAGACUGGAUUUUUUAAGAAAAAUUACAAAGCAACACAAAAGAGAACAUCUUCCUCAAAAUGAAUGAAUCAAAAUUAGCAAAAUUGUUAGCAGGGACCCUGCUUAUAUUUUCCUUAUUCAACUUAUCCAAUGGUAAUUACCAAGACAGCAUGCACCUUCCAUGUCCAUUUAUCGACACUGUCGACUUAACUGGCUAUGAAAAGUUUCCCAACGGGUCUUAUUCAUAUGACGGACUUAUAAUUCCACCACAUCUUGUCGGAAUUUUCGAAUUCACGUCUGAUGAACUUUCGGUACGAGUUCCAGCCGAACCUCAUGUCAGAGGUUGUGUUUGUAAACUGAGACCUUGUGUGAAAUUUUGCUGCCCCAUUACGGCAAGAUUUAAUGGAACAUUUUGUGAUGAAUUUGAAGGAAAUAAUAAGUCCACAACUAUUAUGAAUAUUACAUCGAGUGAAGGUCAAUUGAAGGAAGUCGAUUUGGCCAAAAGGUUCUCGAUUCAAUAUGGAAGGACAUGUGGGCUGAUGUAUCAUUUGAUGCCACAUGUUAAUGUUUUUGAUAAUUUUAGCUUGUUUGAGAAUGGCACGUUAUUGAGAUGGGAAGACAGUCGUUUAUUUUCGAAGGAUGAAUUCUGUUUAACUUCUUAUAGUGAUGAUAAUGUAACAGACGUCAUUUAUCCUAUGAAUUGUUAUGAAGAUCCUUCAAGCAAUGCAAAGACUUUAGUUUAUGGAUGCACGAUGCUGUUUUCGGUGCCAUUUAUGGUUUUGACAAUUGUUGUUUACAUGGCAAUACCAGAACUGAGGACAUUGCAUGGCAAAUCUCUUUGUUGCUAUUUACUUGGUCUUUGCUGUGGAUACUCUGUAUUGAGUGCAUUUAUUUUAAUACCAAUGGAAAAUAUUUCACAUUUUCAGUGUAAAACAUUUGGAUUCUUUGCUUACUUUUCAUUUAUGGCCAGUUUCUUUUGGCUCAGCGUUAUAAGCUUUGAUCUCUUCUAUAACAUCCGAGCUCCACGUGGAAGAUAUAAUGAGAAGAAACGAUUUAUAUUGUAUUCCAUUUACGCUUGGGGUCUAGCUUUCAUCUCUCUCUGUUUAACUUACUUUGCACAACAAUCCACCUUUAUUUCGAAUGAUUGGAAGCCAGCAAUUGGAAGUGAAGAAUUAUGCUGGUUACAAAUGAAAACUGGAUGGUCAGCAAUGAUUUACUUCUUUGGACCUAUCGUAAUCAUCAUUGCCUUUAAUAUUGUGAUGUUCGUUUUGACAGCUCUACAAAUCCAUGGAGUUCAAAAGGAAAUGAGUCGAAUGAUGGAACGUCACGAUAGCCAGAAAAAUCUUCGAAAUGAAAGAGACAGGUUUGGAAUUUUCCUACGUCUCUUUAUUGUCAUGGGUGUCACUUGGUCCAUGGAAAUCAUCUCAUAUUUGAUUGGAGAUAAUUCCUCUUGGAGCAAAUUAUUCUAUGUCACUGAUAUCGGUAAUGGUAUUCAAGGAUUCCUAAUUUUCUGUUUGUUUGUUCUGAAAAAGAAAGUCAAACAACAAAUUACAAAUAGAUACAUGUCAACUAGUCGCACGGAACGUCAAAGCCAGUCUUCAAAUAAGACGACAACCAGCAGUAUCAAUCUACCAAUGAAUGGCAUCGGAGUUGAUAAACCUCUAAUGGAAAAAAGCGUUAAAAUAUUAAACUAAUUUGCACAUAAGAUUAAAACAAAAUUUAAUGUAUCGAAUAAGUACCUUAUUUUUUUAGGAUUUUAAUUUUUUUUUUUUUUUUUUAAAUUAAGGAUCAUUAAGUUUGAACAAGAAACAAACAAACAUUCAGGAAUUUAAAAGACCAUACAAUUUUUAUUUUUACACAUUUUUGUAAAUUAUUUACUUUAUAUAAUUUUUUUAGCUUUAAUAAACAAAUGAGAAAUGAUCUGUAGCUUUAAUUAAAAGAGUAUUAGUUUUGUAUUUGAUUUAAAUUUUAAAAUUACAAAAAUUGAACAAAGUUAUUUAAAUUUAAAGAGAUGCAUAAAAUUGAAUUAGAUAUGAAAGAUUGCAUGUUUAAGAGUGUGAAAAUUUCUGUUAACUUUAUCUCAAGGAGGAACCAAAGACUAUGAUGUAAGAAAAAUCACGAAACAUUAACGCCUUUAUUGUUUAGUUUAUUUCAAACUAGUUUUAAGGUGUCAAUCAAAUGAGAAAUAGUUUUUGAAUUUCUGAAAAACUUAAAACUCGGAACAGAUUUAAAACUUUUUUUUCCUUGAAACUGGUUUAACAUAAACUUAAUAAUAUGGACGUGGUUAAAAUGAGUUGUACUUAUGUAGUAUAAUUACUUUUGCAAUGUUUAGUUUAUGUGCCUUUAUAAAAAUAAAUUACAAUAAGAAAAUCCAA